AUGAAUUUCAUAAUUUUCCCAUCAAUACGGUCCAACAGCCGGUUGGAGCGACGUUGGAGCGUUCGUAAACUUCGAAAGCGUUCAAACAUCCGCUCUUCCCGCACGCGCCGCUCGGGAAGAAUGCCCCACUCUUGGUCGGAGGAUGAGCUGGAUACUACGACAUAG